AUGGCAUCUCACAGAGACGGCGGCAGCAGCCUCGUCUGCGUGACGGGAGGCAGCGGCUUCGUCGGCUCCUGGCUCGUCCGCGGCCUCCUUGGUCGCGGCUACACCGUCCACGCCACCGUCAAGAACCUCCAGGACGAGAGCGAGACCAAGCACCUGCAGACCCUGGAUGGAGCGGACUCGCGGCUCCGGCUGUUCCAGAUGGACCUCCUCGAACCCGCCUCCAUGCGGCCGGCAGUCGAGGGCGCCCGCGGCGUCUUCCACGUUGCUUCUCCGGUCAUCCUGCACCCUACACAGGACCCCGAGAAUGAGCUGGUGGAGCCUGCGUUGAAGGGCACGCUGAGCGUCCUCCGCGCCGCGAAAGACUGUGGAGUCGGCCGUGUUGUCAUGGUGUCAUCGCAGACGGCCAUGGUGCCAAAUCCUGCGUGGCCUGCUGACAAGGUCGUAGAUGAGGACUCCUGGGCCGACAUUGAGCAGCUCAAGAAACUUCAGCUUUGGUACAACGUUUCUAAAACACUGGCAGAGAAGGCCGCAUGGGACUUCGCCGAAAACGAAGGUUUGGAGCUCGUUGUGCUCAAUCCAGCUCUGGUGCUGGGCCCUACUUUGACGCCCUCUAUCACGGCUAGUCUCCAAUUGUUUCUUCAGAUCAUGGAAGGGAAGAGGUAUGACAUGGACGAGUUCUUCAUUGGCUGUGUUGAUGUCCGAGACGUUGCACAGUCUCUGAUAGUGCUGUAUGAGAACCCAUCUGCCGAGGGACGCCACUUAUGCCUGGAGUCCUCUCAACGGAUGAUCGAUUUCACCGAUAAACUUGCUCAUCUCUACCCUGAAUUUUCAGUUUACAGAAUCCAAGAGGACAAACAAGACUGGGUGGUGAGGGCAAAGGACCCCUCCAAGAAACUGAUCAAUCUGGGUGUCCGUUUCACUCCAUUGGAUAAAACUAUCGCGGACACUAUGGACUGCUUUAGGAGCAAAGGACUCGUCUAG